AAGUAUUCAUUAUUAUAUCAUGUUACAGACCAUUCAGUCAUAACUCAAUGGCAAUGGUAAUAACUUAUUAAAAGGACUCAUUAAGCCUGCUGUGUUAAACACAAACAUUCAAUCAAUAGAAUCAUAAAUAUAAAUGACAGACAUUUGCCUGUUUUUUUUUUUUUUUUUUGUAUUCCUAAAAAGGAUUAUGAAUCCUUUGGGAAUUACAACAUGGAGUGAUGGUAUAAAAGCUAUUGCCAGCAAGUAACAAUGAAGUAGUCCAUAUCCUACGUUCCUUUAGAGGGCAUCGCAUUUCCUUUGGAUACUCAACAAAUAAUUUAGAAGUCAAUUUUUUCCAUUUGCAAGGAUAUGCUUAAAUUGUGGAAAUUAUCCUUGCAAUGUUUGUUCAUCUAUUUACUUUUGUUUGUGGAAAAUCUCACCAAUGCCCUGCGCUAUUCCCAGGGGACAGGAGAUGAAAAUUGUGAAACCAUCAAAUCGGAAAUUCAUUUAAUCAAAGAGGAAUUCGAUGAAUUGGGUAGAAUGCAAAGGACCUGCAAUGCCGAUGUGAUUGUGAACAAGUGUGAGGGAUUGUGUAAUAGUCAGGUGCAGCCAUCGGUUAUCACGCCAACGGGGUUCUUGAAGGAAUGCUAUUGCUGCCGUGAAAGUUUUUUGAAGGAGAAAAUAAUAACCCUGUCUCACUGUUAUGAUCCCGAUGGCACCCGUUUGAAUUCCCCCGAAAUGGCCACCAUGGAUAUUCGUUUGAGAGAGCCCACCGAUUGCAAAUGUUUCAAAUGCGGUGACUUCACGAGAUAAAUGUAAAACAAAUAAUGCAAAAUUUUGGGAAAACAAAAAAUGUAAACCUUGUUCUAGGGGAUAUUAA